UAAAAAAUCUGCACAUAUCUUGAUGACGUUUAACGCAUCAGCUGUUCGCUGCAGAUGGCAGCGAAAGCUAAGUUGGAUAUGAAACAUGGCUUUAUGAAGAGCAUAGUCAGAAACCAAGUUGCUAGAGAUGAAUACGACAAAGAAGUGAAGGCUAAAAUAGGCGACAAGAAACAAACCACUUCCAAGUCAAAGAGACCAGAAAUUCAGCCGUAUGUUCCACCCCCGAAGUCGAAGUCAGAUCAACAGACUAAUCAAAAGGAGCAAUUGUUCAGAGUGGAAUUUGAAGACAAAGAUGGGCAAAUGUACAGUUUCAUUUUUUAUGAAGAUGACAGCCCAAGUGCAGUUGCUAGACAGUUCGGUAUGGACAGAGGUCUUCCCUCCCCCCUUAUUUCAGCACUUGCAGAUAGACUUCUGGAUGAAAUGAACAACUGUACCUGAAGGCAGGAGACAGACACCUGUCUGAAAAAAUAUCAAUGGUUUUAAGCGUUGUGUAGGUAGCCCAACUGCACCCUAGUAACACACAUGGCUUGGCACAUUUUGUAUGUGUAGGACUGAUGGCUUUUCAUGGUGGACCUUCUCCUCAUCUUGCAGAGUAUUGCUAGUAAACAACCUUUCAAUAAGGAAGAGAUUUUUCAGAAAUUAAGGAAGUAUUAAGCUUAAACCUACCAAGAACAAAACAGUACUGGAAUCCCAAGUUUAGAAUUACAUGAAACAGAAUUCCUUUAUGUUCCAUUAUCGUAAUGCUGUACUUUGUUCUUGAUCACUUGUACUUGUUCUGUUUAGUAGGAUUUUUUCUUUGAAGAGGAAGAAAAUGAAAUCUAAGAGAAGUAUGAAUUAUUGGUAUUAAUUGAAAAACAUUUAUAAGAUAAAAAAUUUAAUUUGAUCAGUACA